GGCAUGCCAGCGACCACACUAUACCUUAUUUCCGGGGCUUCAUUCCGAGAGAUCCUCCCCAGUUUGGGGGGGAAUGUUGGCAGAUCCCGCGGGGGAGGGGCCCCUCCCCCUCUAAUUAUUAAUACCGACGGCGUUAACAGCCCUUCAAGCUGGGGCACUUGAGUAUUAUUCCCGAUCUGUGCCACCACUCCGUACCUGUUGGUCUGCUUUUCCAUGGCUAGGUCGCCCUCUCGUGCUAUCAGCUUAUGCUCCUACGGACUCUAGCAAAAUGCCGUUCACUGCGUCCUCGGCCCCUGAGCAGAGUCACGCCCCACAUUUUAUGAGACCCUGCUGCAUACAUUUUCUCGCCCAGUCUGCCUCUCCCGUGUCGUUGUGAAUCCUCCAUCGCUCUUGCUUAUCCUUCUGCGGUGGACUCUGGGCAAGACUCCCAGCACUGCUGCUGCCGCCGCCGCCGCCGCCGCCGCCGGGCUGAUUUCACAUCCUACGAGGCUCCAACACCGCAGCAGCGACCACCAUGGAGAAACAGGAUGACGAGGCCAAGGCCGGCAAGGCGAGGCCGGAUUUGGGGCGGGAGACAGAUGCCGUGUCCGUCUCGCUUACGGGAUCCAGCUUCGAGAUCGACGAGAAGCGCCACCAGGCCGAACACGAAGACGAGUCGGGCUCAUCAGGAGACAAAAAGGGCCGUUUGUCGACCGGAGACCGUGACGAGGCUGCAUCAGCAUAUAGCAGCAGCUCGGGCCACUCGACCGAGCGCGGCGAGGUGGACCCGGAGAACGAGGACGUCGAGGAGACCAUCCCGGGGCGAGACCUCGACCGCCAACUGAGCAGGGUCCACGACAUCGAGAGCCUGCGGAGGAUCGAGACGCGCGGCAGCAUCAAGUCCAAGGUGUCGCGCGUCCUCUCGGCCGUCUCGGGCCGCCGCGCCAGGGACGCAGAGGGCAUCAGGCGCGACCCGCUGCCGCAGACGGACCUGGCCGCGGGCGUCGUGGGCUGGGACGGGCAGGACGACCCGGCGAUGCCGCUCAACUUCCAGCCGUUCCGCAAGUGGCUGCUCGUGGGCCUGCUGUCGACCAUCACGCUCGUGACGCCGUUCGCGUCGUCCAUAUUGUCCCCCGGCAUCGCCUCGCUCAUGGCCGAGUUCGGCGAGACGCAGCAGAUCGUCGGCUCCAUGACCGUCAGCAUCUACCUGCUCGGCUACGUCGUCGGGCCCAUGGUCAUGGCGCCCAUGAGCGAGAUCUACGGGCGCCGGCCCGUGCUCACCGUCGCCAAUGCGUUCUUCUGCUGCUGGCAGGUCGGGUGCGCGCUGGCGCCGAAUAUCAGCGCCCUCAUUGUGUUCCGCUUCUUUAGUGGUGUGGGGGGUGCUGGGUGUCUGACGGUCGGCGGCGCUGUCAUUGGGGACUUGUUCCGGCCGGAGCAGAGAGGAUUCGCGAUGGGCAUAUGGACGUUUGGGCCGUUGAUUGGUCCGAUCCUUGGUCCCCUGAUUGGAGGUUUCAUCGCCGAAACCAUAGGAUGGAGGUGGGAUUUCUGGAUUGUCCUUAUCGUGUCUGUGAUCAUUGCCGGCACCAUCGAGAUCUUCAACCAGGAGACGAGCCACCGCAUCAUCAUCGAGAAGAAGGUCAAGCGGCUGAGAAAGGAGACCGGCCGCGAUGACCUGCGCAGCUGCUACGACAACACGCAAGGGCCGAAGCUUUCGCAGAAGCGUAUCCUGAUCAACGGCCUGAUCAGGCCUCUCAAGAUGCUGGUGCUGUCGCCGAUCGUCCUGCUCCUGACCAUCUACAUCUCGUUCACGUACGGCACGCUCUACCUCCUCUUCACGACGAUACCCUCGGUCUUCAAACAGACCUACGGCUUCAACACCGGCCUCGUCGGCCUGGUCUACCUCGGCCUGGGCGUGGGGACCCUAUUGGGGUGGAUCGUCAUCACGCUCUACUCGGACAAGUCGGUCAUCAAGCUCGCCAAGGCCAACAAUGGCGAGUUCGAGCCCGAGAUGAGGCUGGCCAUGUCGAUCGGCUUCUCGUGGCUGCUGCCCAUCACCUUCUUCUGGUACGGCUGGACUACUCAUUUCAAGGUGCACUGGAUCUGCCCGAUCCUCAGCCUUAUCCCGUACGGCACGGGUAUCAUGGGGCUCUUCCUGCCCAUCACGACAUAUCUUGUCGACUGUUACCCCAUGUACGCCGCCGCCGCCAUCGCGGCAAACACGGAGCUCCGAAGCCUGGUCGGCGCCCUGCUGCCGCUUGCCGGCCCUCCGAUGUACGACACGCUGGGACUGGGCUGGGGCAACUCCCUCCUGGGUUUCCUGUGCGCGAUUAUGAUCCCGCUGCCGAUAGUGUUCUACAAGUAUGGCAAAAAGCUGCGGCAGAUGGAAAAGAUCAAGCUUUGAUCUCAUGUAGUUUUAAGUAUGGAAUGAAUGGCUGAUGCAUAUGAUCGAUCUACGUACGGUGCUUGGAAGAAUGCAUAGCGCUGGUAAGGUUGCAUGGAGACGAAGCAUAAAUGUAUAGUUGGCUAGCUUGAAGUUUAUUCACGAGGGGAAGUCUCAGCAUGACCACUUAGUAGUUUGCCUACCCGGGGUGGGGGGUUAAAUUAAGUUUAUAAGACUAUCAUUUCAACAUAAUAGUAACAUUGUCUUAAUAUAAAAAUAUACUAGUAAUAUAA